AUGACGACUCGCGAAGCUCGUUGCCUCCAACCACUCCAACUAUUGUCCAUCGCACCCACAUCACCAAGCUCUCCUCAACUAUUGAAGAAGGAUUGGGAAUACCGCUUCUUCUUCGCCAUGGUGCAUCACGAGGAUACCAUGUUCCGGUCUGCGGACAUGAGCAUGGUCCAACUAUACAUCGCCAACGAAAUCGGCCGCGAGAUUGUCAACGCCCUGGGCGAGCUGGGCCAGAUCCAAUUUAGAGAUCUCAAUUCGGAUGUCACUGCUUUUCAGCGAACUUUUACCCAGGAGAUUCGGAGACUGGACAAUGUCGAAAGACAGCUUCGGUUCUUCUAUUCGCAGAUGGAGAAGGCUGGAAUCCCCCUCCGGAAGAUUGAUCUCGAUGUCGAUACCCUAGCCGCGCCCUCUGCCUCUGAAAUUGAUGAGCUGGCCGACCGCAGCCAGAGCCUCGAGCAACGAGUUGCAUCGCUCAACGAUAGCUACGAGACAUUGAAGAAGAGAGAGGUAGAACUGACCGAGUGGAGAUGGGUGCUGAGAGAGGCGGGCGGAUUCUUCGACCGGGCACAUGGUAAUGUCGAGGGUAUCAGAGCAUCGAACGACGACGACGAUGCGCCGCUGCUGCAGGAUGUCGAACAACCUGCGCAAAAUGGAGAUGGGGAGCGUUCGUUCUCGGUUAUGAACAUUGGAUUCGUGUCCGGCGUCAUCCCUCGAGACAGAGUGGCUGCUUUUGAGCGUAUCUUGUGGCGUACGUUGAGAGGAAAUCUCUACAUGAACCAAUCCGAGAUCCCGGAGCCGCUAGUCGAUCCAGCGAACAACGAGGCAGUCAACAAGAACGUCUUCGUCAUCUUCGCACAUGGAAAGGAGCUCAUCGCCAAGAUCAGGAAGAUUUCCGAGUCGCUGGGAGCGGAUCUAUAUAGCGUGGACGAGAACAGCGAUUUGAGAAGGGAUCAGAUCCAUGAGGUCAACACCAGACUCGGAGAUCUGGGAAAUGUACUGAACAACACUAAGAGCACACUCGAUGCGGAAUUGACACAGAUUGCGCAGAGUUUGGCUGCUUGGAUGGUCAUCAUCAAGAAGGAGAAGGCAGUUUACCAGACGCUAAAUCUCUUCUCGUAUGAUCAUGCAAGGAAGACACUGAUUGCAGAGGCUUGGUGCCCUACAAACUCAUUGCAGUUGAUCAAGUCGACGCUCCACGAUGUCAACAACAGAGCUGGGCUUUCUGUUCCCUCCAUCAUCAACGAGAUCCGUACGAACAAGACCCCGCCUACAUACCAGAAGACGAACAGAUUCACGGAGGGGUUCCAGACUAUCAUCAACGCCUAUGGAACGGCCAAGUACCAGGAAGUCAAUCCUGGUCUUCCCACCAUUGUUACUUUCCCAUUCUUGUUCGCUGUCAUGUUCGGUGAUUUCGGUCACGGAUUCAUCAUGUUCGCCGCAGCUUCUGCCAUGAUUUACUGGGAGAAGCCACUAAAGAAGGUUCGCGACGAGCUUUUCUCUAUGGCAUAUUAUGGAAGAUAUAUCAUGUUAAUGAUGGGAAUCUUCUCUAUGUACACUGGUCUGAUUUACAACGAUGUCUUUUCCAAGUCGCUCUCUAUUUUCCCCAGCGCCUGGCAAUGGGAUGUUCCAGAGGGCUGGAAGGAGGGACAAGUGGUCACCGCAUCUUUGAAGAGCGAUUACCGCUACCCAUUUGGCCUGGAUUGGAUGUGGCAUGGUACCGAGAACGACCUCUUGUUCUCCAACAGUUACAAGAUGAAGCUCAGUAUCCUGAUGGGUUGGUGCCACAUGACAUACUCACUAUGUCUAUCAUACAUCAACGCUCGCCAUUUCAAGACCCCGAUCGACAUCUGGGGUGUAUUCGUACCUGGAAUGAUAUUCUUCCAGGCAAUUUUCGGAUACCUUGUUUUCACUAUCGUCUACAAGUGGUGCGUUGACUGGUACGCCAUCGGUGCAUCGCCUCCGGGACUCCUCAAUAUGUUAAUCUACAUGUUCUUGUCCCCUGGUACGAUAGAAGAGCCAUUGUAUGGGGGCCAGGCCGGAAUUCAAGUCUUUUUGGUUCUCAUCGCCAUCGUACAAGUCCCCAUCUUGCUCUUCCUUAAGCCAUUUUAUCUCCGCUACGAGAAUAACAAGGCUCGUGCGAAGGGAUACAGAGGUAUUGGCGAGACGUCCCGCGUCAGCGCCAUGGAUGAUGACGACAGCAAUACUUUGGACGGAAGAGCUAGCAUGAAUAGUGACGGUGAGGGCGUUGCUAUGAUUACACAGGGUCUUGGAGAUGACGAAGAGCACGAGGAGUUUGAAUUCAGUGAGGUGAUGAUCCACCAGGUCAUCCACACUAUUGAAUUCUGCCUCAAUUGUGUCUCCCACACAGCCUCCUACCUCCGUCUCUGGGCGCUUUCCCUCGCUCAUCAACAGCUGUCUGUUGUCCUCUGGACCAUGACGCUCGCGAACGGUCUCGCCAUGACCGGCACUUUUGGUGUCUUUGCUGUCACUGUCUCAUUCUUCCUCUGGUUCUUCCUCUCUGUUGCCGUACUUGUCAUCAUGGAAGGUACCAGUGCUAUGCUUCACUCCCUGCGACUGCAUUGGGUUGAAGCAAUGAGCAAGCAUUUCAUGGGCGACGGUAUUCCAUUCGAGCCGUUCAGUUUCAAGACCAUGCUAGAAGAAGAUGAGAGUGCGGCGGAGAUCAGCUAG